AUGUAUCAUCGGGCUCAAAGUACUGUCGGAGCUUAUAAAUAUAUCAUGAUGUGCUCUUCGGCUGCCGAUAUUUUGUUCAGCUUCUCGAAUAUCGUCACUUGUCCGGUGAGCUUUUUCUCCAUUUCAAGUCAUGUGAACUUUUUUUUGGAGUAGUGAAAGAACUACGAUCAGUUCUGCAGCAAUAAAAAAAAUUAUCUUCAUUCCAGAUGAUGACCUUCCUCCACGCCGAGAAAUAUCAAGCCCUUCUAGUCGUGAAUAAUGGAAUCCAAGUCGGCUUUUACUUCGGUUCUGGAAUGUUAACAAUCGCCUUGUUCUUCCUAACUCAGUCCAUUUUAACACCACCUAUCGCCUUUAUCUUCCGAUAUCUCCAAAUCUGCAGGUUUCCCAUCUCUAAUAUCGUCAAACAGUUGAAAACUAUUUUGAGGCCCCACGAACUUUUGGACAACAAAAAGAAGUAUCAGGCCCAGUUGGCUAUACCAUUCUCUUCGCUGAUUCUUGGAGCGACUCUUCUGACUUUUGUAUCAUUUCCAACACCGGAUGAUAUCAAAUACUUGAGCGAUAUUGUUACAAUGUUCACCAGUGAGAAUUCGGCUUUUUUGGUAGUUUCAUUCAGAGUGAGUUCUUCUUUCAAGUUUUACGAUACCUAUUUAAAAAAAACGGCGAAGGAAAACUAGAGUGGUCCCGACAGAAGUUAGGGGAAACUAACAGCCCCUAUGAGGAUAAAAAAGUGCCCCUAUAAGGGUGAAAUUCAAGUUUUCCCUCUAGACUUUUUAGUCGUGACCCCUAAGACUCUAUAGUUCAAGUGGUCCCUUUGGGGGCCUUUCAGUUUUUAGUUGAGAUUUCAAAAUCAAAUUGACAACCCUCAGUUGACUUUUUUCAUUGAAAUGGGCCCUUAAGGUUGCCCCUCUAGUGGUCACUCUGGAGCAUCUAAGUAAAGUUGAAAAGAAAGUAAUCUAUAAAAAAACUGCAGAUUUUUUAUCUUUUCCAUACAAAAAACCAUCUUGUAAAAUUAACUUUAAAAAAAAUAAAGUUUAGUUACUCUGAGAGCUCAGUAAACGAUUUACGUAUGAUCACUAUUGAUUUCAAAAAAAAUAAGGAUAAAUUUCUUUUUCAAACAGGCAGAACAACUUACAUGGUUCGAAACGGUCUGCUACCUCGUUACCUGGUUCAUAACAAUAUUCUACGCAUUUAUGCUAGUUAUCAGUUUGAUAAUCAUGAUCUUCUGCUCGGUGAAAAUAGUCAAGAAGCUGGAGGAAGAGAAAAGCGUCAGCCCCAAGACGUACAGAAUGCAAAAGAGACUCUAUCAGAUGCUGAUUCUGCAGGUAAUAUUUCCAAAAAUCAAACAAUGUUCAAAAAGCAGGGCUUUUUUCAUUUAUAACAAUUUUUACAACUUUUAUUUGAGCUACAAUUUCAUUCAUAGAGAUCUCGAAUCAGAAACACCGAAAAAAAUAAAUCAAGAAAAAAAGAAUUCGAAACCAUUUUUCCAGUUCCUCUGCCCACUAUUUUUGCUUCAAGUCCCGUUCUCCUACUCCUUCAUUCUACCAGUACUCAACCUAACUGCGAAUGGAUUCGCCCACGAUCUCCUACCAUUUUUAUUCGCCUGGACUCCAUUUCUAAACGCUAUCAUUUUAUUAGCCUUCAUGGAAAAGUUCCGAUCCGCUAUCACCUCUUUCAAGCUAUUUUCAACUGUUCAACCGUCUAACACACCUCGAAGGUAG